UCAUCACUUCCCGUACAAAGUGCUCCAGAUGCCCCCUAUAUUCGAGGCUUCAGCACGGUUUCCGGUUUCUCUAGAGGAAUGUAUAUAUAUUUUGUUGGCUCAGCUGUUCAACCCUACGAACCUUUUAUUAACUCCAAUCUUGGAAACGAAAACCGCACAAUUACUAAAAUAACCAGGAUAUGUUCCUCUGAUCUCACUUCACAAUUAGAAUCUCGGAUAGAUCUUGCCAUUGAUUGUGGAUUCGGAGACAUCAACAAACGGGUAGAAGCUUCGUAUUAUGAUGCUAUACAUGACCAAAUCACUGUGGUUCUGAAAAAUGAUAAUCAUAAUGUGAGUUCAUGUUUUAUUCAUAUUGUUCUGCUGGAUAUAUGUGUAAAAUAA